AUGUCAACAAACCAAUUGCUGCAACAACGAGGAUUUCAUCUUCAGAAUACAAGCCAAGCAGUCAAUUUCAGUUCAUCUACUGGCGAAUGCUCACAAUCCGUGAAAGCUCUCCGUAAGAGUUCAACGAUUGUUUGUAGCUUCGCUCCAGAUGAUCUGAACACCAGCUACACUGAAUAUUCUUCAUCGGACAGCUACACUGGAAGACAACAAGGAAGUCGUUCGCUCAACAACUCCAGAAGUCAAGAGGGACAACUUCGUACUUCAGAAGCAGCCACAACAGAAUACAAGAGGCAUCAAGACCAACAUCUUCAAGAAGCAACAGGCUCAGAAGUUCAAAAGAAAUUUCGCCUCAACAACGUCAUCUGCAACUGUCAACAACUUCUGAAAACAGCGGGACGAUACUUCUACCAGCCGAAGACGUCGAUCUUGUUCAUCAACAUGAAUAAGAGAAGAAUCGGCGUCGAAAGUUGCCAAAUUUGCCGCAGAUUUUUACAAGAAGAUGCUCAACGUCGCUUCACCGAAGAAAAUCCAAUGGUUCGCCUUCAAUGGUCGUUGCGUCAGGAAGAUCUUGCCAACUCACGUCAUCAAGAAGUCUACCAGCAACUCCAGGAGAAACUCAGCGACGACGUCUACAAGCCAAGCUGUCUAGAAAUCGUCAAAUCGUCACUCAACUUCAACAGAAGUCCACUCAUCUGCCGAUACCAGCUCAAGCAAAAAGAGAAGAAGAUCUCGACAAAAGGAUUCAAUCCAUCGUCAUGGUUCAACGUCACCUCUCUACCAGCAGAAGUUCUACGUCUUCUUUACGCACUUCUAUUAGGAAUCAAUCAAUUCCACACGAGAAGAAGAAGGAAUAAGAAACUGGAAGAAGAGGCCGAGCCGAAGAUCAAGAAGUCAGUCAACCUGCUGAGGACAAGAGGCAGUUGGACAUCAAAGGGAGUCAAGCCGAGUGAGACAAGUCUUCACAAGUCACACUGCUUAGGACAUGAGACAGCUGGACAUCAAGAAAAGUCAAGCCGGAAGUGA